AUCAUAAAGCAACUUUCUAGCCUCUGAGCAAAACAAGUGUUGGACUCUCAAGAAUUUAACUUGAACUGUCUUUCUGCUCGUACUUUAACAUAUCAAAAUUUAACAACCGCUAUCUAGCAUCUACAAUGUGGAGCUCUCGAAAGAGUGUGAUUGUGAUGUUGUCCAUAUAUUGGUGCCUAUUUUGCAGUGUUAAUACUCAAGCUGCACUGGACUUUGGUUACCCUUUAUGUUCUGGAGAAAAUAUUUACACUCCAGGCAGCACAUUUGAAGCUAACCUCAAAAACCUCCUCACAAUUCUCUCAUCAAACGCUUCGAAAAAUCACGGCUUCUUUAAUUCCAGCGUUGGACGUGGUUUCCCUGAUGAGGCCUACGGUGUUUUCCUUUGCCGAGGAGAUGUUACUAGUCAAGCCUGUCAAGCAUGUGUCUCCGAGGCCACGAAAGAAAUCAUCACUCAAUGCCCCAAGGAGAAAGCAGCUGUUAUUUGGUACGAUGAUUGCAUGGUACGUUAUGCAGGCCGGUCUUUCUUGAAUAUUAAUAAUCAGACACUGGGAUUUUAUUACACGAAUCCUAGUAGUGUUAUAGAAGGCACAGGGUUUAAACAAGCACUAGAUAGUAGUUUUAGUGACUUGAUAAGCCAGGCUUCCAAUGUGACAGAUGAAAAUAAACAUGCUAUCAAGGGGUUCGCAACUCAAAUUGUUAAUUAUACUAGAGCACUAACUCUCUAUGAGCUGGUUCAAUGCACGCCAGACUUGUCUGGCAACGACUGUGGUCGCUGUCUCAGAGAGGCUACUCGUUAUCUGCCAAAAUGCUGUGAUCAUAAGCAAGGAGGCAGAGUUUUGCUGUACAGUUGUAAUAUUCGAUAUGAAGUGUACCCGUUUUUUGGUAUAUUGGACAAGGCACCUUCACCUUCCCCGGCUCCAAGUCCAAGCUCGAUACGGAAGCAUAAAGGGAAAGAACAUUUGUCACAAAAAGUUUUUAUCCUUGUGGCUUUACUAUGUGUUUUCCUUAUGCUCUGCGGUGGGAGUUACUUUCUCCAUGCCUGGAAAAGGGCUACUAGAAAGAAACAAGUUUCCUCAGAAAAUUCUGAUAAAGAUAUUGUUAAUUCAUUUAAUAUGGAGAAUGAUAUUUCAACUGUAGAAUCUUUGAGACUUGACUUAAGCACAGUGAAUGAAGCUACGAAUAAUUUUUCUAUCCAUAACAAAAUAGGUGAAGGUGGAUUUGGUGAGGUUUAUAAGGGUAUACUUGCCAAUGGAAGAGAGAUAGCAGUCAAGAGACUAUCGAAAAGCUCAAAUCAAGGUGCAGAAGAAUUUAAGAAUGAGGUUGUUCUAGUGGCUAAGCUUCAACACAGAAAUCUUGUCAGGCUUUUGAGAUAUUGCUUUGAAGGAGAGGAAAAAAUUCUCAUCUAUGAAUAUAUUCCCAACAAAAGCCUAGACUACAUAUUGUUUGAUCCUGAGAAACAAGUACAACUGGACUGGACGAGGAGACACAAUAUUAUUGGAGGAAUUGCUAAAGGGAUGCUUUAUCUUCAUGAAGAGUCCAGGAUUAGAAUUAUUCACAGAGAUCUCAAACCAAGCAAUAUUUUGUUAGAUGCCAACAUGAAUGCAAAAGUAUCUGAUUUUGGCAUGUCAAGGAUUUUUGGCGUCGAUCAGAACCAUGGAAAGACUAGUAGAAUUGUGGGAACGUACGGCUACAUGUCUCCUGAGUAUGCAAUGCAUGGAGAUUACUCUGUGAGGUCUGACGUCUUCAGUUUUGGCGUAUUAGUCCUGGAGAUCAUCAGUGGCAAAAGGAACAGUUCUUUCUAUCAAUCUAACCAUGCUGGUGACCUGCUAUGUUAUGCUUGGAGACUUUGGAAGGACGGAACACCCUUGGAAUUGGUGGAUCCAGUGUUAUUAUAUUCGUAUGCAAGAAAUGAAGUAAUCAGGUGCAUCUAUAUUGCGCUAUUGUGCGUUCAAGAAGAUGUGGAUAGCAGGCCAUCUAUGGAUUCAGUGGUCCUCAUGCUUAAUAGCAACUCUGUUACCAUAAUAAUGCCUCAACAACCUCCAUUCUUUCAACAUAGUAGAUCAACCUCGGUGAUGAAAGACCAGCUGAAGUCGGAUGAUUCAAAAAAGUAUACCACAUCAUGGUCAGUGGAUGAUGAAUCAAUUACAGGAAUUUACCCCAGAUAACAUAACAAGUUCGGCAUUUGAUGAAGCCAAUUAAUGUGACACAGUGGAGGCCAAGCUAGCAGAAGGUCUGUAUCAGUAAAAUUACGAUGGUUAAUUACUUUUCACUUGUACAUUGCUCUUAGUUAUGUCAGAUAAAUCGGUCUCAAGUAUAUUUCAGAGAUGGAAAUUACUUGUUUUCUAGAACCUUAUUAUAUAUAUGGGAAAACACUACUUGCUGAAAGCCACAUUAGAAGACUAGAGAACUUAAAAGCCAACUCCUACAACGUGGCUGGUUGGAAUAGUCAGUUCCUCUCACCCAAAAAAAACUGUCACAUCUUUCGGUGACAAGGAUAUAUUGGCUACGUUUGACAAUUUGCACGUCACAAAAAUGAGAUUAUUCUCUAAACGGUUCUGUAACGCAAACUUGUAUUCGAGUAGUA